GCAACACUUUAACCCUACUUUUUUACGUGUAGCAAUUUUAUUUGUUUGUGUUUUUAUCACUCAUGUAUUUUGUGUGUGUUUAGUGUGGUUACUCUUUUACGGUCUCAACAGUUUAUAUCGGUAUCUUUAUUAGUCAGACUGCGCAGUUUCGCGCAACAGUGGUGUUUGAGAACAGUCUGCGUCCUCGCGCGGUACUUGUGCACAUUGUGUUUACAAAUCCUAACGUGAUGUUGUGAAGCGGUUGCACCUAAAUGUUGUUACUUACCACCAGGUUAAUACAAACUUGUCCAUGUGCAUGAACGGCUACGUGUUAGCUGGUUUAAAAGCCCGACUCUGUUUAAAAGUUAUUUUUAUUUCACUGACAAAACCUGAAUGAAUUCCUCGUGUUGCCUUUCGGCCCUUGAAGAUGUCUGAUGCUUGCAGCUCUGAACCUGCUAAAGCCAUCAAGGCCAUUGACAAGCACUCGGUGCAUCAGAUCUGCUCAGGACAGGUGGUGCUGACUUUGGCCACCGCUGUCAAAGAGCUGGUGGAGAACAGCAUCGAUGCGGGGGCCACUAACGUUGAUGUGAGGCUGAAGGAGUGUGGAGCUGAACUAGUGGAAGUGUCAGACAACGGCAAAGGAGUUGAAGAAGCUAACUUUGAAGCAUUGACUUUAAAGCAUCACACAUCAAAGCUUCGGGACUUUUCUGAUCUCAUCCAUGUGGAAACGUUUGGUUUCAGAGGUGAAGCUCUCAGCUCUUUAUGUGCUCUGAGUGACCUGGGUGUGGUGACGUGUCACGAGUCUAGCCAUGUCGGGACCAAGCUUGUGUUUGACCAUAAAGGCCACGUGGUGCAGCAGUCGCCUCACCCCCGGCAGCAAGGCACCACCGUCAGCCUGCAGCAGCUCUUCUACACCCUGCCUGUUCGACACAAGGAGUUCCAUCGUAACAUCAAGAAGGAGUACGCCAAAAUGAUACAUGUCCUGCAGUCCUACUGUAUCAUCUCCACAGGAGUGCGGAUCACUUGCUCCAACCAGAACGGGCAGGGAAAGCGCAGCACGGUCCUCAGCACCGGCGGCAGCCAGAGCAUGAGAGACAACAUAGGAGCCAUAUUUGGACCCAAACAGCUACAGAGUCUGCUGCCUUUUCAGCAAGUGUCUCCGACAGAAAAUGUUAUCGAGGAAUAUGGACUCAAAGAGGCAGAGCUCCCAAAACAACUGUUUUCCAUCACAGGGUUUGUGUCCCGAGGAGACCAUGGGGUUGGGCGGAGUGCCACAGACAGACAGUUCUUUUUCAUAAACAACCGGCCAUGUGAUCCUCUUAAGGUGACCAAGCUUGUGAAUGAAGUGUAUCAUAUGUACAACAGACAUCAGUAUCCAUUUGUGGCUUUGAACAUAGCUGUUGCCUCUGAGUGUGUGGAUGUGAACGUGACCCCGGACAAACGACAGGUUUUCCUUCAGGAGGAGAAACUCCUGCUGGCUAUUCUUAAGACCUCUCUUAUUAACAUGUACGAGGCCGGAGUCAACAAAAUCAGCCUGAACUUUACACCCAUGCCAGGCACCAAAACAACGUCUGCCUCUGAUAUCUGUCAGGUUGUGAUGCCUAAUGAAAACAUGCAAGAACGUGGAGCCGACAAGGAGUCAGUGGUUCAGAGCCCAAAGUCAUCUCUAAACCUGGCCGGGCUCAAAGCUGCUUUUUCAAGUCACCACAGCUCCAGUUUUGGGAACAAGUCGAGUGGAGCGAAAGCUUCCAGCUGUGGUCCAACACAGAAAACUUUGCAGACUUUUUUCAAGGGCUCUGUCCAAACUUCUACCUGUGGUUCAAGUUCAAAAUCUCCUUUGAAAGCCACAGUAGAACCAGCUCAAUGCUCGCCAGGGGGGAAGUCGGUGCUGGAUGGGUUCAAAUAUGGAAAGAUGUCAGUCGGUGCUGGAGAUUCUGAAAAAGACAGUGCUGUCAGUGACCCUCAUAGACAGUCUCCUGAACCAUACACCAACACCGCCACUGUAAAAAAUGAAACAUUUGAAGAAACAAUCGACCAAACUCACUCUGUCUCUGAAGACCUGGAGGUACAGAUCGAGCCUUGCACUUCAAAGGACUCGUCCAUAAGCCCAGAUGCAAAGAGGGCCAGGACAGAGGAACCACAUCUGGCUGAAGAACCCAAAUCAAACAGUCUUUCAAACCGUUCAGAGCGGUCCUCCUCCUCCACAGUGGAUGCUCCAGUUUCCCUGCAGAGGAGGACAGUACUGCUCCAGUUCUCUUUCCAGGAGCUGGUGGGAAAGCUGAAGAGGUUACAGGACCAACAGAAACAGAGGAGCAACACAGAUCUGUGCUACAGACGCUUCAGGGCCAAGAUCAACCCCGGAGAAAACCAAAGUGCAGAAGAAGAGCUCAGUAAAGAGAUCAGUAAAGACAUGUUCAAACAAAUGGAGAUCAUUGGUCAGUUUAACCUCGGCUUCAUCAUCACCAAACUCAACUCUGACAUCUUCAUGAUUGACCAGCAUGCAACAGACGAGAAAUACAACUUUGAGAUGCUGCAGCAGCACAACGUGCUUCAAGGACAGAAACUCAUAGUCCCUCAGAAGCUCCACCUUACGGCUGUGAGUGAAAAUAUACUGAUGGAGAAUAUAGAGAUAUUCAGGAAGAACGGCUUUGAAUUUCUAAUCGAUGAAGACGCUCCGGUGAUGGAGCGGGUUAAACUGGUGUCUCUGCCCACCAGUAGAAACUGGACGUUUGGCCCACCUGACAUCGAGGAGCUCAUCUUCAUGUUGAGUGACAGCCCAGGAGUCAUGUGUCGACCGUCGCGCGUCAGGCAGAUGUUUGCCUCCAGAGCGUGUCGAAAAUCUGUGAUGAUUGGCACUGCUCUAAGCGUCAGUGAGAUGAAGAAACUUCUGGUUCACAUGGGGGAGAUUGAACAUCCAUGGAACUGUCCUCACGGCAGGCCCACCAUGAGACACCUCGCCAACCUGGACAUGAUCUCAUCCGACUGAGCACCUUUAGGAUGGACCUGUUGAAGAGUGUUUCUUGUCUUACACUGUCAUUCCACUUUAUUUCUGUUAAACAAAACCAGUGACUGAAUGUUUACUGUCUUUUUUUUUUUACAAUACAAUGUUCAAAUUAGUUCUGAUUUUAUUUGUAUUUUGAAUCCCAACAGUUUUUAGUUUGACACCUCAUUACUGAGGGAAAUAAAUAAGCUAUUUUUCAACA